CUUGUUUAUUGAACAUGUUAAAAUUUAAGUACAAAUUCAAUAAUGAUAUAAAUACCUUAAAAAGAGUGAAUAUUCCAUUUAAUGUGUAAAAGAUUCUUUUUGGUAUAGGAUAUGGUGUUGAUGGGUUGGAGUGAAAUUUUGAUUUGGUGUAGUUUUCACACCAAAUUGGUGUAUUUUUCACACCAAAAUGGUGUUAUGGGUUGGAGACGGUCUUAAAAACUUCAUAUUCUUGUUUCUUCUAUACUCUCUUCAUGUUAUUGCUAGGGUGCAUACCAUAAUGCCCCCUGCUGCUAUGUUGUGCCACGAUCAUGAGAGAUCUGUUUUGUUACACUUUAAGCAAAGCCCUUCACUUAAUGAGUCCGCCUCUUAUGAUUCGUCUGCUUACUCAAAGACUGAAUCUUGGAAGGCUCGGGGAGAAAAUGGUACUGAUUGCUGCUCGUGGCAUGGGGUCGAAUGCGAUGAAAAAACUGGUUAUAUCAUUGGCCUUCACCUCAACAGCGCCUACCUCUAUGGCACUCUUGGCUCCAAUAUCUUUACCCUUGUUCACCUUCAGACCCUAAACUUGGCUGACAAUAACUUUCGGCGCUCCACAAUCCCACAUGAAAUUUCUCAUCUUUCAAGUUUAUCUCGCCUUGACCUCUCAUUCUCUGUUUUUUCUGGCCCAAUCCCAACCGAGCUGUCAAAAUUGUUCAAAUUGACUUACCUUGAUCUGAGUGAAAACGACUUCUCUGGUAUCUUUCCCGUUGAUAUUUUCCAUUUACCCCACAUGCUUGUUCUUGAUGUGGGAGACAACGAAAAUCUAACCGGUGUUUUGCCAGAGUUUAACCGAACAAGCUCCUUCAAGGAAUUGAGACUUAGCUUCACAAAUUUCUCCGGUAACCUGCCAAUCUCAGUCGGAAAUUUGCAGUCACUUACUAAAUUGAAACUCGGAGCCUGCAACUUUUCAGGGUCAAUUCCGACCUCUAUUGCUAACUUGACCCAACUCACUCAUCUAUAACUUUCCUCUAACAAAUUCAGUAAAUCUACAAGUUUUUCCUGGCUCGACAACUUAACCAAACUUACUUACUUGAACCUUGAAUCUUGCAAUAUACAUGGUGACAUCCCAUCAUCUCUUGCAAACAAUACCCAACUUACCCAUCUUUAUCUUGAUUCCAAUUACUUUGCGGGUGAAAUACCAGUGUGCCUAACGAACAUGACCCACUUAAUUGAGUUAGAUUUGUCCAAUAAUGAACUAACAGGCCCAAUAUUGAGCUCAUUCUCUCAACUCGAAAACCUUGAAUUUCUUGAUCUGAGUAGAAAUAAUCUUAUUGGAACAGUAGAGGCUGAUAUUUUUUUCAGUCAUAAAAAGCUUGAGUCUCUCAGUCUAUCUUCCAACAAUAUAACCUUCAUUACCCACCAUCACAUUAACUUUACCAUUCCAACUCUUAGAGAAUUACAAUUGGAUGGCUGUAACUUGAGAAAGAUCCCCUAUUUUUUGAAGUUACAAAAUAAUUUGGAGAUUUUAUUCCUGAGUGCAAACAGUAUUCAUGGGAAAAUUCCACACUGGAUAUGGAAUGUUAGUGAUCAUCUAGGGGCAGUUGACCUUUCUUCCAACUUCCUUACAUCUAUUGAACAUAAUCUGACUGUUUUCUCAAGUAAGAGUCUAGAAGUCAUUGACAUAGGAAAUAAUAUGUUGCAAGGGAAUCUCCCAGUUCCACCACCAAAUACAAUUGAGUACAGGGUGUCUAACAACAGGCUAACCGGAGAUAUUCCACCCUUGAUCUGUAGUGGCAUGUCCCUUACAAUACUUGACUUGUCGUAUAACAACAUGAGUGGGCCUAUUCCUCGAUGUUUGAGCAAUUCAUUGGCAUCUCUUAAUCUCCAAAGCAACAAUUUUUCUGGAACUAUUCCUCAAUUGUAUUCAGAAGAUUGCAAUUUGAAGGAAAUUGACUUGAGUCAAAACCAGCUUAAAGGAGAAGUACCAAAAUCUUUGAUGAGUUGUAAAAUGCUUGAGAUUUUAGAUCUAUCAGAUAAUCAGAUUGAACAGACUUUCCCCGCCUGGUUGGGGACUCUUCCUCAAUUGCAGGUUCUUUUUCUGCAUUCCAACAAAUUUCAUGGUGCACUUGGAAGCCCCAGAAGUCCUUUAGAGUUCCCAAUGUUACGGAUUAUUGAUGUCUCUCACAACUCUUUGACGGGUGUUUUGCCUGUGGAGUAUAUCAAGAUAUGGAAUGCUAUGAAAAUGCAUAGUCCAGACACGGAACUAUAUAUAAGGAUUGAUGUAGAGUUUAACACACAGACUCGCAGUUGGCAUUACCAACAACAGCAGAGCUCCAUAACUCUUGUGAAUAAGGGUGUAGAAACGGAGUACAAGCAGAUUUUAAAUAUUCUCACUGCUAUCGAUCUCUCAAGUAACAAUUUCACAGGUGAGAUUCCAGAAUCUCUUGGAAGUCUGAAGGAGCUUGAGUUACUCAACCUGUCAAACAAUGAGCUCACUGGUCCCAUUCCCCAAUCCUUGGCAAACCUUACGAAGCUUGAAUCGUUGGACCUUUCGCAAAACAAGCUCACAGGGGUCAUCCCUCAGCAAUUAGCAUCGCAGCUCAUUUCCCUUGAAUUCUUCAACGUGUCCUACAACCUCCUCAGUGGUCACAUACCACAAGGCUCGCAAUUUGGGACAUUUGACAAAGGUUCUUAUGUGGGAAAUUCAGGACUAUGUGCAUUCCCUUUAUCAAAUUGUGGAACUGUGCACUCACCACCAGCUGAUGGCGACGAGGGUGAUUCUGAUGAUACAUAUGAGUUUCCGAGUGGUUUUGAUUGGAUGUUCAUAUUAGCAGGAGUCGGAAGUGGACUGGUGGUGGGAUUUGUAAUGGGAAACAUUCUAACGGAUCGAUACCCAUGGCUGAUAAGUUCGAUUGCCCAGAGCUUUGCAUGCAGAGAAAAGAAGCAGCGGAGGGCGAAGAGAUCGAUCAUUCGGAGAUAGUGAUGAGGAUCAGAAUGUUGCAACUUGCAGGUUAACAGAUGUUUGUCCCGAAAUGUGAUUUACCAACAGUCUCUUGUAAGUUGUAAUAAUGGUAUAUAUUAUUGUUUAUGUGAUAGUUUAUAUACUGUGAAUUUUAUG